CGCCUUCCUGCUGCUGCUGCUGGCGCUGCGCCUGCGCCGCUGGCGCCGCCAGCACCUGCUGCCGGCCCAGAGCGGCGCCUUGCGCGGCGUGCCCGUGUCGCACUUCGUGGGCAUCGACGGCGUGCGCGCCUUCCUGCAGUCCUACUCGCACGACGUGUCGCUCACGGCCGACUCGCGCAAGAGCCAGCUGCGCUUCUCGGCCGCCAGCUGCUGCGACACCCUCCCGGCUCGACCACCAGAUGAGGCUUCGGGUCAUCUUGUCCCUUCAGGUGAUCAAGUUACUGAAAGCGGUGGGCAAGUUGCCUUUCAGGUGCGUUAAUUUUUAAUUUAUAUUUAGUGGACGCGCUGUUUAGGAUUCUUAGGGUAGCCACAGAUGAUUCACAGUCUUGGAAACCAGGUUUUAGGAUAGUCACCCACUCAUGAAUGCCAUCUCCUGAAUGCGUGAUGAGUCUGCCUUGUGUGCUUUAGGUGUCAUGUUCUCUACCACUUACCAGAGCUCUUUUUAUCAAGCUUUCCCCAAGGCUGUGAGGCUCUGUUGCAUAUGCAACUUAACCAGGAAAUCUCAUUCUCUUGAUCUACCAUGCUUUAAAAUUAUUUAAAUACUUGCUAGCUCCCAGUUCCCAGCAUUUCAUUGUAAUCCCCUGUAUCAUCUCUGAAAUUCUGGUUGAAUUCAGGGACCUUGUACCUUGAAAGCUGACACUUUGAAGUGCCCGAUUUCUUCCACAUUCGUCCUUCAACAAACGAAUUAUUUAAUUCCUCUGAAGCGCAUUUGAAGAGAUUAGUUUUAAAUGGUGAAGAAUUCCUCUGAUGGAGUUCUUUUGCCACUGCUGGGUUUCAUGACUUAACCUAUGGAUUCAAUACAAUUGUAGUUAUCGAUUAGUGUGCAGGCAUAGUCAUCGAAAUAAAAUAUAUUUACUAGAAUCUAUAUUAAAAAAUACUUAAAUGCAAAGUACGAUUCAUCACUAUAAUAAGAUUCAUCACUAUUUAUAAUGUAUCUAAUUCUGGAAUGCGAGUUAAUCUUGAAAACACGGAUUUGGACUGUGUUUCUGUGUGUGAUACAUCAAAACAUGUGUCUGGGUUGUUACAGGCAAUUCUCGCCAUAUAGGAGGCACUGAGUUGACUGCAACGUAUUUCAACACAAUUCCCCGGUGUAGACAGCCAUACCCAUCUCUCUACAUCUUGUGGAGACGCUCACAAUCUUGCACGGCUUCUGAGACAUUACAAAUUCAAAUCCAAGUCUUGUUGUGACAGAAUGUUAAUUUACUACCCUAAGUUGUGUAUAAGGUUCAGCUGGAGGUAAGGGCAUUAUUCUAUCCUAGAUGAACAACCACAGUUAGCAGGAAAUCCUGUUUUCCAACAAGACAUUACUGAUCCGGGGAGGAAAUCUUGAUAUUGGCAUCUCGGACACCUAGGACUGCAGAAUGUGCCAGAGCAACUCCAUCGAGUAGAUAGUGUGGAAUGUUUUCUAACCUCACUUUAUCUUCUGCAUAAUGGGCUGUGAUAAUAUACAGCCUUAUUAUUAUUAUAUACAAUAAUAUAAGGCUUAUAAUAUACAGCCUCGUUAUUAUUUUGUUUGUGGGUUUGGCGAUUUUUUUCUUUACCGUAAGAGAGAUGCUGUUCUAAUUUACAGGUAAGGUAAAACAGCUUUUCCUAAGGAAUCUGUUUACUCUUGGUUGUUCAAACAACCAUAGAUGCCGCCGACAUUUCCCAGGAAUUGCUCUUUAACGCCUGAGACCAGUAUCAGCAUGUUUAGGGUAUCAGGGAGUGGUUUGUGGGAUACACACAAAAGAGGAAUUCGGGGUUGGGUUGUAUGGGUACUGAUAAGAUGAUGCUGAGCUUUGAAUGUAGAAAGAGAUGGGAUCAGGUCUGAUGUGACCGCUCUGGUGUUCUCAGCACCUGAUAUUCCCAUUUUCUCUUCUCCAUCAACAACCACUAUUCAAAGCUGGAAAGGUUAGUGUUAGCUGGGGAUCUCUCAGCUAUCGUGAAUAAACCCACUACCACGAGCAGCAUUUCAGGGUUCGAUCCACCUUGCCUUUUCCCUCACGGAGGUGGUACGAUGACAGCGGCGACUCCGAGCUCCCCAACCAAGAGAUCAGUAAGCUGACAAUGGGGCAGAGACCAAGGUCCUGCCCCACAUCUCUAAAGAAACGGGGGAGGAUCUGUCCGACAGACUUGCAAGUCUGGGAAUUCCUAGUCGCACGGUUUCAGUAGUGAUAGGGAUUUUCUGUUGCUCGCUGCUGAAAACAUCUGUAUUUUCCAAUCCUUCCCGAUGCAAUGGAGUGCAGAGCGGGACCUUCUGGCUGAUCUUUCUCUUGGACGCUGCGGUUCUCCGACACGGACUCAGGGUGUCACUGUUGGCUUAGGCGGAGAAACUGCUCGGACGUCGGCUCCUCCCCGGUGCCCGCAUAGCCCUGCUCCGCACUGCUCAGAGCAGAGGGAAAAGCAGGAACCCCUCCACUCAUCCCGUCCUCCGACCGGCAACAGGGAUUUCAUGUAUUUAUUUCUCUCGGAUACUGGUCCAGCUACCCGGAAAGCCUAAUUUUAAACCAUCCGCUGAAUACCCUUCAGGAAAGCAGGGAAUGGAGGUCAGAUCGGCAGCUCAGGGCUGGGCAGGCGCUGGGCGGGUCGCUUUGCUGGCCGCGGUGCUGCUGUGCGUGGGGUGGCGGGCGGCGGCCGAGCGGCUCCGCUACGCCAUCCCCGAGGAGCUGGGCAGAGGCUCGCUCGUGGGGCCGCUGGCGCGGGACCUGGGGCUCAGCGCGGACGAGCUGCCGGCGCGCAAGCUGCGGCUGAGCGACGAGAAGCAAUACUUCACGGUGAAUGAGGAGAACGGCAACCUGUACGUGAACGAGAGGCUGGACCGGGAGGAGAUGUGCGGCGAGUCGGCGUCCUGCUCUGUCAGCUUCGAGGCGCUGGUGCACAACCCUCUGAACGUUUUCCAUGUCGAGGUGUCCAUCGAGGACGUGAAUGACAACUCCCCGGUAUUCAGCAAGGCUGUUCUGAACCUCGAGAUCGGUGAAUGGACGCUUCCCGGCGCUCGUUUUCCUCUGGAGAUGGCGCAAGAUGCAGACGCAGGAAGGAACUCGCAGCUGACUUACCAGCUCACCAGCAACCCGUCCUUCUCUCUGACCAUGAAGGACAGUCCGGACGGAAGCAAACCAGAGUUAGUCCUGGAAAGGGCAUUAGACAGAGAGAAGCAGAGUUCUUUUGAGCUUGUUCUGACGGCGGUUGAUUCCGGGGACCCCGCGAGGUCUGGGAGUGCCCAGAUUCGGGUCAACGUGACGGACGCCAAUGACAACCCUCCCGUAUUCCCUCAGGACCACUACCGUGUGAGCCUGCGAGAGGACACGCCGCCGGGUUCGACAGUCCUGAACCUGUCAGCCACAGACGCCGACGCCGGCACCAACGCCCUCAUCAGCUACGGCUUCAGGAAAAUGCCGAUCAAGGCACUUGAGAAUUUCGUGGUCGAUGCAGAGAGUGGGUCUAUCACGCUGCAGAAGGCGCUGGACUUUGAGGACACGCGUGCGUUUAGUCUGGCUGUGGAGGCGAAGGACGGAGGAGGUUUGGUGGCACACUGCAAGGUGGAGGUGGAGGUGCUGGACGUGAACGACAACGCGCCCGAGAUCACCAUUCUAUCCCUGUCCAGUCCCGUGCCCGAGGAUGCCCCAGUGGGCACCGUGGUGGCCGUGCUGAAAGUGCGGGAUAGAGACUCCGGCGAGAACGGUCAAGUGUCGUGCGAGCUGUUGGGGGAGGCGUCGCUGUCGAUGGUGGCGUCGUCGGGCGGCUCGUACAAGGUGGUGACGGCGAGCGCGCUGGACCGCGAGCAGGCGUCGGAGCAGCGCGUGACGGUGGUGGCCCGGGACCGGGGCAGGCCGUCGCUGUGGAGCAGCAGGGAGCUGGUGCUGGAGGUGUCGGACGUGAACGACAACGAGGAGCUGGGCAGAGGCUCGCUCGUGGGGCCGCUGGCGCGGGACCUGGGGCUCAGCGCGGACGAGCUGCCGGCGCGCAAGCUGCGGCUGAGCGACGAGAAGCAAUACUUCACGGUGAAUGAGGAGAACGGCAACCUGUACGUGAACGAGAGGCUGGACCGGGAGGAGAUGUGCGGCGAGUCGGCGUCCUGCUCUGUCAGCUUCGAGGCGCUGGUUCACAACCCGCUCAACGUUUUCCACAUCGAGGUGUCCAUCGAGGACGUGAAUGACAACUCCCCGGUCUUCAGGAAGGAUGUUCUGGACCUCGAGAUCGGUGAAUGGACUCCUCCAGGUGCUCGUUUUCCUCUGGAGACUGCACGAGACGCUGACGUAGGAAGCAACUCGCAGAUGACUUACCAUCUAUCCAGCAACGCGUCAUUCCAUUUGGCUUUAAAUGGGAACCCCGGUGGAAGUCAGCAGCCAGAAUUAGUGCUAGAGAGCGCGUUGGAUCGGGAGAAGCAGAGUUCCUUUGAAUUAGUUCUCAUGGCAGUGGAUGGUGGGGAUCCCGCGAGAUCUGGGACUGUCCAGGUUCGCAUCAAUGUGACAGAUGCCAAUGACAACCCGCCCGUGUUCAGCAAAAGAGUCUACGAGGAGAGAGUGGCAGAGAAUCUGCCUUUGGGGUCGUUGGUGCUGCAGGUGGUGGCCACGGAUGCAGACGCAGGCUCCAACGGGCGAGUGUCCUAUUCCUUUGGAAACGUCCCCGAAGACGUCCCCUUGUUGUUCACUGUCGACAGCAACAAAGGGGAGGUCAGGACGGCGGGUCUACUCGACUUUGAGGACAAGAGUAAAUACGUCUUCAGCCUGGAGGCGAGAGACGGUGGCGGGCUCAGCUCUCACUGCGAAAUACACAUCGAAAUUACAGACGAGAAUGACAACGCGCCCGAGAUCACCAUUCUAUCCCUGUCCAGUCCCGUGCCCGAAGACGCGCCGCUCGGAACCGUGGUGGCCGUGCUGAAAGUGCGGGACAGGGACUCCGGUGAGAACGGCCAGGUGUCGUGCGAGCUGUCGGGGGAGGCGGGGCUGUCGAUGGUGGCAUCGUCGGGCGGCUCGUACAAGGUGGUGACGGCGAGCGCGCUGGACCGCGAGCAGGCGUCGGAGCAGCGCGUGACGGUGGUGGCCCGGGACCGGGGCAGGCCGUCGCUGUGGAGCAGCAGGGAGCUGGUGCUGGAGGUGUCGGACGUGAACGACAACGCGCCGGUGUUCGAGGAGGCGGCGUACAGCGCGUACGUGGCGGAGAACAACGCGGCGGGCGCGCUGGUGCUGCGCCGCAAGCUGCGGAUAGUCGCUGGUGACGAAAAGCACUAUUUUACUCUCCAGGAGGAUAAUACAGAUCUGCGUGUAAAUGACAGGAUAGACCGAGAGAGCAUCUGCGGGGCCGUGUCGCCCUGUGUCCUCAGUUUGGAGGCAGUCGUGGAAAACCCUUUCGAUAUAUUUCAUGUGAGUGUUACUAUCCAGGAUAUCAAUGACAAUGAGCCACAGUUUGACAGAGAAUUUGUUACCAUAGAAAUAAUCGAGUCGACGCUUCCUGGGACCAGGUUCCCACUGGGCAGUGGCAGAGACCCUGACAUUGGGGCAAACUCUCUACAGAACUACGAACUUACUCCCAACCCAUUCUUCUCCCUUUUAGUGAGGGAGAGCCCGGAUGGGACAAAACACGCUGAACUGGUCUUGGAGAAAGCCUUGGAUCGAGAAAAACAGAGAAAUCACCAUUUGAUACUGACGGCAGUGGAUGGUGGGGAUCCAGUUCGAUCUGGGACCGCCCAGAUUAAGAUUAACGUGACCGACGCAAAUGACAACCCACCGGUAUUCACCAAAGAAAUCUACACUGUUCGACUGAUGGAAAACUUGCCAGAGGGCUCCUUAGCGUUUCAGGUGAAAGCUACUGACAGUGAUGAAGGUACAAAUGCAGAAAUUACCUACUCCUUCAGCGACAUAGCAAAAAAUAUCCUCAAGCUCUUCACUCUGGACCCUAGGACAGGGGACGUGAGGGUUACAGGACCCUUAGAUUACGAAGAAAGGAAAUACUACGAAGUGAGUGUUGAAAGCAAGGAUGGGGGCGGGCUCACUGCACACGCCAAAGUACACAUAGACAUUAUAGAUGUAAACGACCAUGCACCGACCCUUUCCCUACUGCCUAUCUUGAAUCCGAUACCGGAGGACUCAGUCCCGAGCACAGUUGUAGCUGUGAUCAAUGUACGUGACAGAGAUUCGGGAGAAAACGGAGAGGUGAGCUGUAAAAUGAACGAAAAUUUGCCCUUCAGAUUAGAAAUGUCAUCUGAGAACACAUACAAACUAAUAAUAGCCAGUGCCCUGGACAGAGAAAACGUCUCCGUUUACAACAUCACCAUCACUGCCACGGACCGGGGCAAGCCGUCGCUGUGGAGCAGCAGGGAGCUGGUGCUGGAGGUGUCGGACGUGAACGACAACGCGCCGGUGUUCGAGGAGGCGGCGUACAGCGCGUACGUGGCGGAGAACAACGCGGCGGGCGCGCUGGUGCUGCGCGUGCAGGCGCGGGACGCGGAC